AUGAUGCUGGCGCGGGCCUGGCGCUGGCGCUCCUCAACCUCGCCUUCGCCACUGUCGUCGCCGUUAGCACCUACUACCUACCUCAACUUGCUCGCGAACACGCACGUGGGCUUGGGCCUCAACGUUGAGACGUUUACGAGCAACCAGUUCAACAUUCCCGUCAACGUCUUGCUCCAAGGCUCAUUGACCUUUCCGCUCGCAACGCCGUUGCCCUUGGAUGCGACGCUCUCGCUGAGCACGCUCUUGUACAAGAGCUGCAGCAAGAAGGACGUUGCGUGCGCGGCGGCGUUUCUUCCAGAGACCAACCAUCUCUGGAGUGCGGUCGCCAAAACGUUUGCCAACAUCUCCAACUUUGAGCAGCCGCGCUUCCAGAAUUCCACCCCGGUGAUCACGAUCCAGCACAUCAACAACCUCGCUGGGUGGAACAAGCCGACAGUGCAGUUUUCCAUCGACGGCCACGACAUGGCGAUUACGUGCAUGGUGCGCCGCGCGAGCUUCUACCUCGCAUCGUCAACUGCGUCGUCGGCCGAGAUCGAUUCGAUCGCCUUUUGCCCGCAGCGCAAAUUUGAUCCAAAUUGGAUUUGCGAAAACCAAGUCGCGACCGACGCACCCUCGCACGCGAUUCAAGUAAGCCGCGGGAAGGCCAGCUACCUUGGCGUGGCGCCGCGUCAUGACAUCUACAUGAACCCAGGGUUUCUCGCCACGUUCACGGGUGGCCCACUCGGCGCCGUGCGGCUCGGGCCC